AUGGUCGCCUUUGCCAGCUCUUGCAGAUUCGCUGCUGCCGUCGUCGGCAGACAUGGCCGCCGUCCUUUCAGUGUCGCUGCGGCCAACCGUGCUGCCCAGAACUUCGCCAUGCCCGCCUUGUCGCCCACCAUGACCGAGGGCAACAUCACAAGCUGGAAGCUCAAGGAAGGUGAGCAGCCCUCCGGCUCCCCCCACCGACAAUGCGCAUUGAAGCUGAGCUGUACAGGCGACUCCUUCUCGGCCGGAGAUGUUAUCCUCGAGAUCGAAACCGACAAGGCCCAGAUGGACGUUGAGGCUCAGGAGGACGGUAUCCUUGCAAAAAUCGUCGUUGCCGAAGGCGCAAAGGCCGUCCAGGUCGGUUCGCGCAUCGCCGUCCUGGCUGAGGAGGGCGACGACCUGGCCACCCUCGAGAUCCCCCAGGAGGAAUCGGCCGCAUCUGCUGGACAACCCGCUCGCAAGGACCGCCCUAGCCCGCAAGAGGAGCUCAAGUCUGGCAUCGACACAACCGAAUCCUCCCCAAGUCAAUCAGAGGCCCCACCGUCGUCCAAGCCCAACGCCGAUGCCUCUGCUGGCGGUGCUGCAGACACCACCAGGGCCACUCAGCUACACGACUCUUCCAAUGCCAAGGCCAGAAAGCAAACAUACCCUCUCUACCCCUCGGUCCAGCACUUGCUCCUACAGAACGGCCUGACCAAGGAAGACGCCAACAAGAUCCCUGCAAGCGGUCCCGCCGGACGUCUGCUCAAGGGUGACGUCUUGGCCUACCUGGGUAAGAUUGAGAAGAACUACCCCGGCCAGCAGGCCAAGCGUAUGGACAAGCUGGCACACCUCGACCUCUCCAACAUCCAACUCGCUGCUCCUCCUAAGAAGCCUGAGGCCAAGCCUGUCGAGGCUGAGAAGCCCGCUCCUAUCCCCGACACCGAAAUCGCCCUUCCCAUCUCCCUCUCUGCUGUGCUCGAGACCCAGAAGCGCGUCCACGAGACUCUUGGAAUUAACCUCNCCCUUUCUACUUUCAUUGCUCGUGCUUCGGAGCUCGCAAACGAGAACCUCCCUCUGUCAAAGAACAGAAAGCCUACGGCUGAUGAGCUUUUCAAUUCUGUUCUUGGUCUUGACAAGGUUUCUUCCAAGACUUCUCGCGGCCACUACAUUCCUCAAGUCACCGGCCUUCCUUCUGCACCCCUGUUCACUAGCCAACGCGCUGCCAAGAAGGCUGAUAUCAUCGACAUCCUUUCUGGAAAGCCUUCAGGUCCCAAGAAGGCACCCAGGAUUUUUGGUGCACAGGGUGUUGUCGCCGCUCAGAACGUCUUCAGCGUCUCGGCACCCAAGGGCGACGAGAAGAGAGCACAAGAGUACCUCGAACGUAUGAAGCAGGUCCUCGAGGCAGAGCCCGGCCGUCUCGUUCUCUAA